CCAUGGAUGAGCUGUCGCCAUGGUUGCCUAGUAACACCAGGCGGAAGUGUUUUUUUUUAUCACUUUUCCCGCGGUUGCAGUGUGUAGUGUAGACUGAGUGAGGGAAGAAGCCGGCGGAACAGCCUCAGAGAGUGGAUUUGUGUGUGCGGCUCCUUGCGGUCAGUGGCCACUCAGUGCCCGGAGUGCGGACAGCGUGCACACGAGUACUGUUAUUUAUCCCCUGACGCAGCGCCUGUGGGGUGUUGUCUAGAGCAUUGCGCUGCUCUCAUCCCCUGCCUGUCAUCCGUAAUGCCGCCCAAGAGCCCACGGAGAGGGCCCCCUAGCCGCCCCCAGGAGGAGGAGCCCCCUAGCUCUGGAGGAAAUGAAAGUGGUGAUCCAGACUUUGUGUCUCUGUGUGAGAAACUAAGUGUGUCUGCACAAGUGCGAUCACGAUCAUGGCAGACAUAUGAAAAACUGUUCAAUUUGGAUUGGGCAUUGCAGGGAGACCCUGUAAAGAAAAUUGAGGCUUUAGGUCUUUGUCUCUUUAUUGCAUCUGUCAAUUAUGAUGAAAUGACGUUCACUUUUACAGAACUCUUACAGGCGUUGGAUAUAAGUGUCCGCAAAUGUUUUGUGCUUCUGACGCAGAUUGAUAUUAACAUGGAUAACCUCAGCACCAAAGUGGACAAUGCUGUAUCAAAGCUGAGGAAGAGAUAUGAAACAAUGUGUCACCUGUACCAGAAAUUUCAAAGGACCUUUGACAACAUAUUUAUGGAGCUGCCAAAUAUCCAGGGCAGCACAGACUCUAAUAAAGCUUCAAUACUUAAGGGUUCUUGGAUCACGUUCAUUUUAGCCAAAGGAAACAUAUUACAAAUGGAUGAUGAUCUGGUAAUCUCCUUCCAGUUGUUGCUGUGUGUCCUGGAAUAUUUUAUCAAGCGAGCACCCACAGACGUUCUUAAGGAGCCAUACAAGAGCACAGUGAAUGGAUUAUCUAUCAAUGGAGCAACACGUGCGUCCCGCCGUGGUCAGAACAGGAAUACACGCUCGUCGCAGCUGUCUGACACCAGAGUCAUAGAGGCUCUUUGUAGUGAGAACGAAUGUCCUGUUGAUGAGGUGAAAAAUGUCUAUUUGUCUAGUUUUGUUGACUUCCUGGAUUCAACCGGUAUUUCCUCUAUUGAUGGACUACCAAAGGUUGAUGUAAUCUCAAAGCAGUACGAAGAGCUUUAUAAGAGAAACAAGGACAUAGAUGCAAGGCUUUUUUUGGAAAAUGAGAACACUCUGAAAGUUGAUAUUCAGGAAAGGUUGGAACAGGAGAGAACACCACGGAAAAAUAAUUUGGAUGAAGCUCCCCUGAUACCUCCACAGACACCGGUCAGAGCUGCAAUGACUACCAUUAACCAGUUGAUGGUUACCUUAAAUUCAGCCAGUGAUGCGCCGUCUGAUAUUCUCAACUCUUACUUUAAGAACUGCACAGUAAAUCCCAAAAACAAGAUAACGGAGAGAGUGGAACGCCUAGGACACAUUUUUAAAGAAAGAUUUGCAAGUGUUGUGGGACAAGCCUGCUCAGAAAUUGGAUACCAGCGAUACAAAGUUGGAGUGCGUUUGCAUUACAGAGUAUUGGAAUCUAUGCUGAAGUCGGAAGAAGAACGGUUGUCCACGCACAACUUCAGUGUUCUGUUGAAUAAUGAGAUUUUUCAUACAUGUCUUUUGGCAUGUGCUGUGGAAGUCGUCAUGGCUAUCUAUGGAAGAAACCUCUUCCAGAGUCAGGCAAAUCAAGAAACUGCCAUAUCAUUUCCUUGGAUUCUCCAAGUGUUUGAGCAGAAAGCAUUUGACUUUUACAAAGUAAUUGAGAGCUUUAUUAAAGCUGAACCUAGUCUCACAAAAGACAUGAUCAAACACCUUGAGCGCUGUGAAUACAUGAUCAUGGAAUGCUUGGCCUGGCAGUCGGAUUCUCCACUGUUUGAGCUGAUUAGACAAUCUCGGGAUCAUGAGGAAUCAGUUGAUCAACCAGAAACAGCAAGUACCUUGCCGCAGCCAUCACAUAACCCCACUGCCGCAGAUCUUUAUCUCUCACCCUCAAGAACCACCCACCAGAAUGCUGCGCUUAGUGUGCACAACCCACCUCCUACUAACGGGCAUGGGCCCCUGUCUACCCAGCCUAGGCAGAAAUCUACAUCACUCUCACUGUUUUACAAAAAAGUGUACUGCUUGGCAUAUAUACGACUGAACAGUCUGUGUUCCAACCUGUUAUCUGACCACUGUGACCUGGAGCAAGUCAUCUGGACACUUUUCCAACAUACUCUGCAACAUGAAUAUGAACUGAUGAAGGACAGACACUUAGACCAGAUCAUGAUGUGUUCUAUGUAUGGCAUUUGUAAAGCGAAGAGCAUUGAUUUAAGAUUCAAGACUAUUGUAACAGCAUAUAAGCAACUCCCAAACACAAACCAAGAGACAUUCAAGCAUGUAUUGAUUCGGGAAGGGAUGCACGACUCGAUUAUAGUAUUCUAUAACCUGGUCUUCAUGCAGAAGUUAAAAAGCAACAUAUUGCAAUAUGCUUCGCCAUUGCUUCCCACCUUAUCUCCAAUUCCACACAUUCCACGAAGUCCAUACAGAUUUGGAAAUUCGCCACUAAGAAUUCCUGGUGGAAAUAAUAUCUAUCUCUCACCAUUAAAAAGCCCCUAUAAAUCAUCUGAUGGACUACUUUCCCCAACAAAGAUGACUCCACGUAGUAGAAUUUUAGUGUCCAUUGGUGAACAUUUUGGGACAGCAGAAAAAUUUCUGAAAAUCAACCAAAUGGUGAGCAGCACAGAGCGGCCUGUCAAGAGACCUGCAGAUGGCACAGUCCCAAAACCACUGAAGAAACUCCGCUUUGAUGGGCAAGAUGAAGCAGAUGGAAGCAAACCUGAAGAUUCAAAAUUCCAGCAGAAGCUAGCAGAAAUGACAUCUGCAAGAAAGAGGAUAGAGAAGCAAGUGUCAGACGAGUUACCGGACCCCGUGAAGAAAGAAGACGAGUGAGACUCCCGGCUGCACCUGGCUUAUCCCUAUAUUCUUUCAUUGAUUUUAUCAUUUGUUAAUUUUCCAAGAAAGCUUACUCAUAAACCGUUCAUAAUCUGUUCUAUCAUUGUUAAAAGAACUAUAAAUGCUUAAAUGUAUAAGAUCAUACUGGUGUUGCCAUUCCCCAUUCAGUAAUGGCCCUGAUGAAGAGUGCGCAGAUUUCUUCAGAAGGGUGAUGCAGCAUUGGUAAUUUGACGGCUGGGAUCCUGACCGGAUCCCAUACUGAUGCUGCCUGACCUUACAUAGAGCAGGGGAAUGAGCAUAUUAAUGCAGUGGCCAUGAUGGGGUAGCCCUAGCCUUAACGUGCACUAUUAUUAUUUCAUACUUGAAUUAUUAUUUAAAUUCUGUGCACAAUUUCACCUGAGCCCAAAGGACAAUUAUUAAUGAAUUUAGUACUACUUUCUUAACAAUGAGCCGCUCUACAGCUAGUAUGAUUUUCUGUGUAGUUUAAUGCUGCGGAGUAUCUAGAAACUAAGAAUUAAAGGGAACGAAAUGACACUGGAAAUAAUUCAUCUUAAAUAUGUUAAUUUUAUGGCUUAAAUAGAGGACUGAAGAUGCAUAUACUUCAUUAUUGCAGUAAUAAUUCCGCUUAUACCAAUGCUGAUACAAUCGCCACACAUCACGUGCUAGAUAUACUGCAGGUUGUUGGCAUGUUGCCAUUUACAAGCCAUCUGACCCAAACAGUGAUGGUUCCAGAUACAUGAAGGUACGGCUGGGACACUUUCCUGCUAUCCAGGGAGAGGCAGAUAAAGUGUCUUCAUCUACCAGCUCCUAUUUAGAUUGGGAAAAACUGUAAAUGUUAUCAUGCCAGCCAGAUAAAUAACACAUACAACACUAUAUAGUGUUACAGAAAGUGCCAAACUGCGGACCCAAAUACUUUUCUAAUGUAUUCUGUAUUCGGUUUUUUUUCCUUACAGUAGCAAAUAACAAUUGUGUGUAGUAACUCAUAAUAUAUGUAUUAUUUUUUUAAA